UGUAAUUGUUUGUUGACAGAGUGCCAGACUUUGCAUUUGCACAAUUGUAAUUUGUAGUCACAAAAAUUGAGGGGCGAAAUCUGAUGUUCAAUGCUAACCAUGCAGGCAUUACAUUUCUGAUUUGUCUGAUAAUGUAUGAGCCUUUGUAAAGCUUGUAUGAAACGGGUGGUAUUCAGACCUCUUGGAUUCCGAGGAAUGAGUGUUUGGAUUGAUUUGAGGACCGACGAUGCACGAUGCUUACGAAGAAAGACCGAUCUUGGAGAAACUUCCUUUACAGAUUGAGUCUAUAGCUUGUCAUGGGGACCAGUUACUGGUUGGAACCAAGCAGGGUCACCUUCUGGUGUACAGUGUUACAGCAGGAAUUGGGAACCUGAGCUUUAAGGUAGACUUGCUGAAGUCCUUUAAGUCCUUCUCCAAAAGGCCUAUUCAACAGCUGGCAUGCAUUCCAGAGCUGCAAAUUCUCAUCAGCCUAUCAGAUGCUGUCAUCAACGUGCACGACCUGAAUCACUUCUCACAGAUCACCAGCAUAGCCAAGACCAAAGGGGCCACUCUCUUUGCCAUCGACCUGCAGAAACUGACCACAGAGAGCGGCAGUUCUACCUACAAUCUCCGUCUGUGCGUCGCUGUCAAGAGGAAACUGCAACUCUUCUACUGGAAGAAUAGGUCCUUUGAAGAUGUCAAGGCUGAGCUGGGUGUUCCCGAUGUCCCCAAGGCCAUGGCCUGGUGCGGCAGCUCCCUGUGUGUCGGCUUCAAAAGGGAUUACUUCCUGAUUAGGGUUGACAAUGGUGAACUCAAAGACCUUUUCACUACGGGCAAUGCCACGCAGGCCGAGCCCACGGUCACCAGACUGUCAGAAGACAUGUUGGCACUGGGACGAGACAUGAUGAGCAUCAUCAUCGACUCGGAGGGACAGCCUGCCAAGAAGUACGCCCUCACGUGGUCAGAUUUCCCAAUAGUGCUUGAGCAUGACCAGCCCUACAUCAUAGCUGUGCUGCCUAAGUACGUGGAGAUUCGAACCGUGGACCCCCGCCUGCUGGUACAGACCAUCGAGCUCAACAAGCCGCGCUCCAUCACCAUAGGAAGUGGUCAUGUGUACGUGGCAUCCCAACAUUACAUAUGGAGACUGGUACCCAUCCCCAUCACCACACAAAUCAAGGCACUUCUCGCCGACAAGCAGUUUGAACUUGCCUUGCAUUUAGCCAACAUGACAGAUGAAGUUGAAGCAGACAAGCAGAGACGAAUUCAGCACAUCCAGAACCUGUAUGCCUUUGAAUUGUUCCAGCAGCACCGCUUUGAAGAAUCCAUGAAGAUGUUUUCUAAAUUAGGAACAGACCCCUCCCAGGUGAUAGGCCUCUUUCCCGACCUUCUCCCCAAGGAGUACCGCAGUAAGCUGGAGUACCCCAGCAACCCCACGGAGCUGACGGGCCAGGCCAUGGAGAAGGGGCUGACGGCCCUGAUCGAGUACCUGACCCAGAAGCGGCAGGACCUGAUGAAGGCGUCGGGCAAGGAGCUGAACCAGCCCUCCACCAUCGUAGAGGGCUGCGCCACCGUCACCUCCCGGAAGCAGAUGAGCCUGAUCAUUGACACCACGCUGCUCAAGUGCUACCUGCAGACGAACGAUGCCCUGGUUGCGCCACUCCUCAGACUCAAAGACAACAAUUGUCACCUGGAGGAAAGUGAACGUGUCUUGAAGAAGCACCAGAAAUAUGGGGAGCUCAUUAUACUCUACGAGAAGAGAGGACUUCACAGAAAAGCCUUGGACUUGUUGCUCAGACAGUCGCAGAAGCCCAACAGCCCCCUGAAGGGUCACGAGAGAACGGUGGCUUACCUCCAGAGGCUUGGCCACGAACACAUGGACACCAUCUGUGAAUACGCCAAAUGGGUCCUGAAGGCCCACCCGGAGGAUGGACUUAAGAUCUUCACAGAGGACAUUCCUGAGGUGGAGAGCCUGCCCCGAAUCCGUGUCCUGGACUACCUGAUGACCGUGGUCAAGAGACUGACGGUGCCCUACCUGGAGCACGUCAUCCUGACCUGCGGGGACACCACCCCUGAAUUCCACAAUCGACUGAUCCACCUCUACAGGGAGAUGGUGCAGGAGAAGAUGGCGGAUUACCUUCACACCUUGCCCGAAGGUCAGCUUCCCCCGAGAGCAGGCACCGAGCCGGGGGAGUUUGGCGAACUGAGGAGGAAAUUGCUGUUUUUCCUGGAGACGUCAUCUUCUUACAUUCCGGAAAGACUUCUCACACAUUUUCCCUUUGACGGAUUCUAUGAGGAGAGAGCCCUCCUUCUAGGCAGGCUAGGCCGUCAUGAGCAGGCCUUGGCCAUCUAUGCUCACGUCCUGAAGGACACCAGGAGAGCGGAAGAGUAUUGUCGGAGGAAUUACGCAAGGGAUCCACAGACAAAUAAAGAUGUGUACCUGUCGCUCUUCAAGACUUACAUCAAACCACCUGACGCAAGCUCCCUGCGGAUCAUGGCCAGUAUCGAACCCUCCAAACCCAACAUUAAAGCUGCCCUGGAAGUCCUACAAUUCCAUCAUGACAAAGUUGACACAGCUAGGGCUCUGGAGAUGUUACCUGAGACUAUUCAGGUGUCAGACGUCUGCGGCUUCCUGGAAGGAGUCUUGGAGACCAAGGCUAAGCACAGGCGCAACAACCAGAUUCUCAAGAGUCUCUUCUUCUCUGAAAACCUCCAGGUUCGGGAGCAGCACAUUCACUACCAAAGCCAGAAGUGUGUGAUCACAGAGGAGCGUAACUGCCCCGUCUGCAAGAAGCGAAUGGGCAACAGCGCUUUUGCCCGCUACCCAAACGGUGUCGUCGUACAUUACUACUGCGCCAAAGACAGAUCCGUCUGCCCAGUAGAACCCACAUGAUGAAUGGGGAACAUUGGUCGAUCUCUCUUGGUCUAUACAGAUUGUUUUUAGUAUCAAAUUAUCAAUCUGUCAUUGUUUAGAAAAAACAAAUUUACCCUUGCGUUGUAUCGCACUCGCCAACAAGGGAAGAAGGGUGCCAAAAAUUUCAUUGUCAGUGACUGAAAAUGUGGAUUUUAACAAAAACCCAGAAAGUCUUCCAACAGGAAAUUGGGUUUAAUAGGUACAGCAUCAUGUGAGGCAUUUUUCUCAGAAUUCUUUGCAUAUUGCAUGAGACCGUGAAAUUUAUCUUUUAUCUAAAAGAAAGAUCAUUGUGACGCUGCUGUAAAAGUAACAAGUUGAAGAGGUGUGAAAAAUUAAAAGCUCAAAUCUGAAUAGUUCUGAACUGAUGUUGAGAACAAUUUAAAGAAGCUUGAUUUCUUGUGAUAUACACGUACAAGAACACAUUAACAAAUGUGCAUGUGUAUAAGCACAUCUAAGAACUUGUGUGAGAAAAAAACAUUAGUUUUAUCGCUGCAUCGUUGAAAAUUCUUUCUAGAUUGAUGUGUCUCUCCCCCAAUUAUUGGACUGUUCCAUCCUUCUUACGUCUGUUCUCUAUUUUGGUUUUUCAUCAUAGAAUGUAUUGGAAACAAUGUUUGUGCUAAUUUUAUAAAACAAAGCUUAUUUAAUAAUGCAUGUAUUUGUGAGAUGUCUCAUUUUUUUAUCCGGUGUCAAAAAAGGCACCUGUGAAUAUGCAGGAUAUUUUGCUGUUGGACAAAUUCUUAAGUCUUCCCCGAGGGGAUCACUGCAUUUGGUAACCAUGUUUCAAGAAUCCACUGUCAGAAGGCCACCAGGUGCUGUCAGCAAGCUCCGACAAGAAACACUGGUUAAAACAGAGUCGGUGGAUGACUGCACCUUCCUCCUAUCCUGUACAUGGUCCCUGCAUCAGUGCAUGUAGAUAGAUGUCCAGUUCUCGUUUGAGGUUAAUUCCACGCCAAUGGUGAACUCCCGUGACCCUGAUUGAGCCAAUUAGGAUAAAGAAUUAGUCGGUGGUUGUUCAGACUCAUAACAAUGAUCAAUGCUAGCCAGAGACUCCUGUCUGAUACACAAUUGAAUAUUGUCCUCAGUCGAUGUGGAUAGAGUGAAUGAGUACAGACCUGUGACCUAUCUGCUACAAUGAAAAUAUUAUAGGUGUGUUGAACUUGUUGCUUUAAGGUUGCAAGAAGCUUCAAAUCUGAGUGAAAGAUUUUGUUGAAUACCUUGUGUAUUAUUUGAAAUUAAAAUAACAGUAUUUUUUCUCAACAUUUGUAAAAAAUAAAUUGUAAUUGCUCACUUGUAAAUAAUGUCUUGGAAGAAAUUUCUGUUAUCUCUCUACUCCAAAACAUUUAAAAUGGUAAUAGUUGAACAUGCACCAGUCAAAAUAUGUUCCAUCAGAUCUGUAAAUAUUUGGAUCUUAUAAUUAGCAACUCCUAAGUGAAGAAAAUUGUUAUUCAAUAAAUAACAGAUUAAAUCUAACUUUA